AUGCUGUACACGACGGGCAUUUCAAUGGAGGAGCCAAGCCAUCGGUUUUCGCCCACGACAGUGGCUCCUGGGAAGCCCAGGAAUCGACCAAAAGCCUUGCAGAUCCAGCCAUUGGACCCCAGCAAAUUGAGCGCGAAGUUGAACGAUAUUUCAGUCGAGCAAGAAGGCCAGCCUCGUCGUCCAGUUCAUACAGAGGACUCACUCCGGCCCCCAUUAUCUGCAACAAGUAUGGGUGCUCUGUCUCCUCGGACUAUUCAGCCAGCACAUGCGUCGCUAUCGAUUCCCACCCCCGUUUCAUCGAGAGUCUUCAGGAAAGAGAAGACUGAUGAUAAAACUAGUUCGCCUUUGUCCGCAAAGCCGCCACGUCGUGGCAGCUUUUUUGACGCGUUCCGCUUCAGAGGCUCGAACUACACCGAUGAACCGCAGAAGCAGACAGAGGAGGCUGUUCAGAAGCCUGCUCGUUACAAGCAUGUUCCUCAGGUGGCAGCGCAACAGUUUGCUCGCACCACAACAGUCGAGCCCCUCACUCAGAAAGCUUCACCCAAAGGAAUGAGACCUGCUCCCGGCCCCCACCUCAUGAAUAAUGGCACCAUAUCACUGCAAGAAUACAAUAGGCAGUAUAGAAGAGCACAGAGUCUCUGCAGCGGAAGGCCAACUAGCGCCAACAACGUUGCGAGGAUGGGAGGCACUGAGCUGGAUAAAGUGUCAGCCCAACGCAAGAGACAAACUGCCCGUAAUUCCAUGCUUUGGAAUGUCAAUGGACCUGAGUUAUCACGAAGAAUGAGCACGGGUAACAUGCAGCCUCAUCCUCAAGCCCGACGAGAGUCAAUAGGUACAGGUGUCGGAGGCUUUCAAGGGAACGUCACGUCAUCAGCGAGACGUGGGUCCGCAAGCUCGUCAGGCUUCUCCGAUGCAUCAUCCCCCUUUGUACGCGAGUCUGGCCCAGCAACUCCUUUUAAGCAAGAGUUUGGUAUCAACACUUCUCCUAACCGUCGAGGGUCUGAGACUAGUGCAGCCACUUCUUGUUCGCGGAGGGGUAGCUUUGUGAAUAUCCCCAACCCCCAGCACGCGGCUGAGAUACACCGGGUGGACUGGUCUCAGAGUGACCAACCAGUCAAGGUUCGACGAGAUUCGAAGUGGGGAGGCCUCAAACAUCGAAAGACUAGUUUGAGCCAGCAGAAGCCCAACGCCGAGGACCAGGGCUCCAAUUUUACCAAGACGAGCUCACAGUCAUCUGUUUCUCCAAAGUCACCCAAGUCUGGGUUCUUGAGGCGAUUCAUGCAUUAG